AUGGGCCUCUUAAAUGGCCUUUCCGCUCGUCGCAACUUUACUCCGUUAUCUCAGCCAACACAAAGCCGAAGACGGCAUCCCCAUCACUACCUCUACAACCAAUUUCUUCCAAGAAAGAACUCUCGCUCAGUCGUCGCAAUGACUGCUAUCGAGAGUUUUGAUAACAUCUACUUGGAUCUCUCCAAGGAGAGCGGAAAGUGCAGAUUUGCCGAGACCGGUUUCGGAUGGAAGCCUGUUGGCGGCGGCGAUACCUUCACCCUCGAUCACAACAACAUCGCCUCUGCGCAAUGGAGUCGCGCCGCCAAGGGGUACGAGAUCAAGAUUGUCCAGCGUUCAAAAUCAGGCAUCAUCCAGCUCGAUGGAUUCCAGCAGGAAGACUACGAUCGACUUGCCAAGGUGUUCAAGAACUGGUAUAGCACUGCCCUAGAGAGCAAGGAGCAUGCUCUGCGCGGAUGGAAUUGGGGCAAGGCUGAAUUCUCCAAAUCCGAGCUUACCUUUAGCGUCCAAAACCGACCUGCUUUCGAGCUAGCAUAUUCGGAAAUCGGCAACACCAACCUGGCUGGUCGAAAUGAGGUUGCAGUCGAGAUGGCUCUGCCAGAGUCGGGUGCUAAUGCCCAACUUGGUGGCGCCCGGUCCAAGGGCUCCAAAGCUGCCGCCGGCCGGGAUCAGCUUGUCGAGAUGCGAUUCUACAUUCCCGGUGUGACGACCCGAAAAGAGGCUGAAGGAGAGGACGCUGGUAGUGAUGCCGGUAACGAUGAGCAAGAAAAGAACGCCGCGACUCUAUUCUACGAAACUUUGAUCGAUAAGGCCGAGAUUGGCGAGACUGCUGGCGAUACUAUUGCCACCUUCCUGGACGUCCUACAUCUCACCCCCAGAGGACGUUUCGAUAUCGACAUGUACGAAGCCUCUUUCCGACUUCGAGGCAAAACAUACGACUACAAGAUUCAAUACGAGGCUAUCAAGAAGUUUAUGGUACUUCCUAAGCCUGAUGAGGUGCACUACAUGCUUGUCAUGGGUCUUGAUCCACCUCUGCGCCAGGGUCAAACACGAUACCCAUUCGUUGUAAUGCAAUUUAAGAAAGACGAGGAGGUCACAAUUGACCUGAACCUCAACGAGGACGAGCUCAAGAGCAAGUACCAAGAUAAGCUUGAGCCUCAUUACGAGGAACCCCUCCAUCAAGUUGUGGCCAAGAUAUUCCGUGGCUUGGGCAACAGGAAGAUUUCAUCUCCUGCCAAGGACUUUAUCACACACCGCAACCAAUACGGCAUCAAGUGCUCUAUCAAGGCAAGCGAGGGUUUCCUCUACUGCCUCGAGAAAGCCUUUAUGUUUGUGCCCAAGCCCGCUACAUAUAUCGCGUAUGAGCAGACUCAAUCGGUCACUUUCUCGCGUGUUAGUGGAGCUGUUUCGGCACUGUCGACAUUCGACAUCACAGUUCUUCUCAAGAACGGCGCCGGCUCAUCUCAGUUCAGCAACAUUAGUCGUGAGGAUCUCAAGGCUCUUGAAAGCUUCUUCAAGCUCAAGGGCCUACGAGUCAAGAACGAGAUUGAUGAGGAUGCCAACCUCCUUGCUGCUGCCAUGAACCAGCAGAUGGACGAUUCCGAAGACGAGGUGGCCGUCAAGGCUGAUCGUGGCUCGGCUGAUGAAGAUGAAGAGAGUGUGGAUGAAGAUUUCCGCACUGACAGUGAAAGCGAUGUUGCAGAAGAGUACGAUAGUGCCCACGAGAGUGAUGGCUCUGGCAGCGACGAAAGCAACGUAGAUGAAGACGAGCAGGACAACGAUGAUGACGACGGGGAGGACGAAGAGGAGCGCCCUAAGAAGAAGAAGAAGACGGGCUGA